UAUAUACACGCGCUUACACGACACUGAAUCCCUCUCUCCCGCUUUUUGCAUUACACCAUAAUUGACAUUUUUUCCCCUUUUCUUAUAUCCAUCUGAAAAAAAUUAAAAUAAUUUUGUACGCAGGUUUGAUCUGCUCUUGACCUCGUUGAAUCUGAGGUCUUUGCUGCACGAGCAUAAGAGACUGAGAGCAUAAUGUUAAAUUCAGGAAAUAAUUUAAGCCGCGGAAGUGCCACAAUGUCAUCAGAUGUUCCACCAUUGACCCAAUGCUUGCCUUUGGAGCCAAUUGCACUGGGAAAUCAGAAAUAUACUCGUUCUGGAGAGGUUAGGAGAGUUUUGGGAGUCCCUCUUGGAAGCAUAUCAGAGGACCAUCCCUUUGGAGUUUCUCAUCCCAAGCCUCCACCUCCAGUGGCAACAGAAGAACUAAAACACUUCAAAGAAAGUGUACAAGAUGCUUCUAGGAUGGCCAGGGAUAGAGCGAAAAUGUUGCGUGAUUCAUUAUUCAAAUUGGACAAGUAUAGGGAAACUUUAAGCUCAAAGAAGAGACAGAGGAGUGAACUUUCAUUAAAUGAAAGGUCAAAUGGAGCAAAAAUGGGGAGUCAGAUUCAUAGAAAUCCACAUGACAUUAUGGCUCAGAGAUUGGAAGAGAGAUCCAAGAAUGUUGGGAUGAAUAAGCGUGUUCGUACGUCAGUGGCUGAUGUGCGGUCAGAUGGUAGGUCCAGCUCUGCCUCAAGGCAGCAUUUGAUCAUGGAAAAGGGUGGAGAUAUACUCCAGGAUGCUGGUGGGGUUAUCCGUAGAUUGCCUGCCGGAGGUGAAGGAUGGGAUACAAAAAAUAAAAAGAAGCGUUCUGUUGGAUUGGUGGGUAGUCGAGUUAUAAAUGGUGAUCGAGAUCUAAAACGAGCUAUACAUCCAAAAAUUGGUGCUGACUCUAAGUUGCGAUCGUGUGAUGCUCAGGGUUUCAGAUCAAAAUCUUCACCUGGUGUUGGUGGAAUCAACAAGUUGGAUAGUACUUUGGAGCCUAGUGGUUCAGACACCAGUACAGUACUCAGGAAUGAAAUGGACACUGGAACUCUUUCAAGAGAUCGUUUGUCCCCUUUAGAGCAGAAAGUUGUGACAAAAGGAAGCAAUAAGCCAAAUAUUCAUGAAGAUAACUUAGGAAGCAGUCCUAGUACAAUGAUAAAACCAAAGGUUUCUAGGGGGCCACGUACCAUGGUGUUAGACUCAUCCCUCAGAGUUCAGUCCUCAUCUACAUCUCUUCAAGGUGCGGAACAGCCUACAAGUUCAAAUAAAGUUGCAGUGCCUGGUGUGGUAAAUAAUCAUAAGCGGCAAAUAUCUGCAGGUUCAGCUUCUAUGGCUCAGUGGGUUGGUCAGAGGCCGCAUAAAAACUCCCGCACAAGGAGGGCAAAUAUAGUUGCUCCUGUUUCAAACAAUGUUGAGACUCAGAUACCGUCUCAAGGUUUUCAAGCUAAUGAUAUGACUGCCAGAACUUCCCUUGGGGCCAAUGGAUCAAUAGUUGCUAACAGUGCAGACAAUACUAUCCCCAAAUUUAAAAGGGAAAUUGACAGUGUUCCAUCUCCAUUCGGGUUAUCUGAAAGCGAAGAAUCAGGUGCUGGGGAGAAUAAAACAAAAGAUAAAGGAAUAGAUAGUGGUGAGGUUGCUCUGACUGCAACUCAGAAAGCUGGGCCUUUUCUUAUGCCUGCUCGAAAUAAUAAAUUACCUACUAGUGAGAUUGGGGACGGUAUAAGGCGACAAGGAAGGAGUGGAAGGGGUUCAUUAACAAGGCCAGCUGUUCAUACAGUGAGAGACAACUUAGAGAAUCUACCAACAAUGAAGCCACUUCAGAGUGUGAAACCCACUUCUGAUAGGAAUAAAAGCAAAACAGGUCGUCCACCUUCAAAAAAGUUGAAAGAGCGAAAGUCUUUAGCUCGUGUUGGGCCAUUGGUUAAUAGUGGAUCUGUAGAUUUCACAGGAGAAUCUGAUGAUGAUCAUGAAGAGCUAUUUUUGGCUGCCAAUUCUGCUCGGAAUUCAAGCAACCGUGCAUGUUGUGGUCCAUUUUGGAAGAAAAUGGAAUCUGUUUUUUCUUCUCUCAGCUCAGUGGAUAUGUCCUACUUAAAACAACAGCUAAGUUUUGCAGAGGAGCUUGAUGAAAGUUUGUCUCAGAUGCUUGGUGGUGGUUAUAAUCUUUUGGGAGUUCUUGUGCAUAAAGAAAUAUCUGAUUAUUCCGGGGAAAGACAAGGCAAUGACUCAAACCAAGAAUCAUUCAGGAAUGCUUCAUUAUGUGGAAAGAUUGACAUAGGAAAAUUGGAGAAGGGUGCUCCAUUAUACCAGAGAGUUCUUUCUGCUUUGAUAGAAGAAGAAGAAAGUGAAGAAUUUUACUUCCAUGGUGAAGGGAAGAAUAUGCCACUUCACUAUGCCAGUGAUGAUUCUCAUUGUGGUUCUUGUAAUCUGAUUGACAUUGAACCCAAAGAUAGGGACAGGGUGGAAUCUGAAGUUGAGUCAAAAGUGAACUUUCAGACCCAGAAGAAUUCUUUCUUGGAAAGAUUUUCAUAUGAUAAGAGUGUUGCAUCUAACACAAUAAGGAACCCAAGCAUGCCAAAUUCUUUGCAUAGCAAUGAACAGUGGCCAGGAGAUGAUGAUUUUUCACAAUUGGAAAGUGGGCAUACCAGUGAAAUAAGUUCAAAUGAUGUGGGCCAACGGCAGACAAAAGAAUUAAAUAUGAGUGGCUUCUCUUCUUCUGAUCUCAAGUAUCAGCUGAUGUGCCUUGAUGAUAGGGUUAUGCUGGAGCUACAGAGCAUUGGAAUUUGUCCAGAGACAUUGCCUGAUCUGGCCGAGGGAGAGGAAGUGAUUAACCAAGAUAUAAUAGGACUUAAGGAAGGACUGUACGAACAGAUUGGAAGAAAGAAAAGGAAAUUAGGGAAAAUUGGUAAGGCUAUUCAGAAAGGGAAAGAGGUGGAAAAAAGGGACAUUGAGCAGGUUGCUAUGGACCAACUUAUUGAGAUGGCUUAUAGAAAACGACUGGCUUGCCGUGGGAAUAAUUCCUCAAAGAGUGCAGUCCGCAAAGUUUCAAGACAAGUUGCACUGGCUUUUAUUAAGCGCACUCUAGCUAGAUGUAGAAAAUUUGAAGACACGGGCAGCAGUUGCUUUAGUGAGCCUGCAUUACAGGAGGUCAUUUUUGCUACGCCUCCAAGCAACAAUGAUGCCAAGUCUGUUGAUUGUGUUGGUUCAGGAACCGCAAGUAACACGUGUAAUGAAGUUUCUAACCAUCAUGCUGAAGCCAGAGGCUCAGGUGCUGUUUCUAGUGCUUUGGAGAGAGAUGAUUCACAUGGUGAUUACUUUGAUAGAGGUAAGAAGAGGGAAGUGCUUAUUGAUGAUGUUAUCGGCAGUGCUUCCUCAAGAGUUACAUCGACUCUUGAUAGCGGUGGGCUUGGUGGAGUAAAGGGUAGGAGAAGCGACAGAGAUAGGGAUCAAAACAAAGAUGCCUUCAAAAGUGAACGCAAAACGAAAUCAAAGCCCAAGCAAAAGAUUAAUCAUUUUUCAACAUCUGGAAAUGGACCUCGUGGAUCUGCUGGUCAUUCAGCGGCUAAUGCUAGCAAUAAAACAGACAGGGAAAUUUCUCUCGGUAACGUCCCUCGGGAUGCUUCUAAAGAAGCAGAUGAAGGUGUCGAUUUGGGGAACUUGCAGCUGAACGAAUUAGAUACAAUUGGACUAGAUGUACCAAAUGAACUUGGGGGGCCACCGGAUCUAUAUUCAUGGUUGAAUUUUGAUGAUGAUGGCUUACAAGACCAUGAUUCCAUAGGUCUUGCAAUACCAAUGGAUGACCUUACAGAGUUGAAUAUGAUUAUGUAGGGAAAUUUGCAAUUGUUCUUUCAGGUUAAUUCAAGAAUCAUUGAGAGCUAGAGCUAGUCUACCCCAAAGGCAAGGAAACCAAAGGUUGUAACUGUAGUUGAUUUUUCUGUAUAUAAUUUGUAGGUAAUUGAAUGGUACUUUUGCUUAAUUGUACAAAUUGAAUAACAAUGUUUCCUCUCAUUAAAGUGGCAUGCUCAAGAACCAUAGUUGGUCGUAUUAUGUUUC